CUACAAUCGUUUCCACCCUGCAGCACCUUACCUAAAAGCUCCACACUCACUCGAUACUCGACACUCGACACGUGCAGACAUACAACGUCGCUACGCGCUUGCAAUGGGACAACAGGUUUCAACCACCGCCGCAGGAUGUGAGCCUGGUCGUCCAUCUUUUCCAUCCCUUUACUGGCCGGCUCAGAGCUGUGAUCAUGCUAUUUACUACCUGUGGGAUUCUUGGCGAUUCACUACACUGUGGACACUCAUUCUAUAUGCCAUCUUCCAUAUGGGUGCUGCGGGCAUAGCUCUUGGUGUUCAAGUAGGGAAACACCGGUCGACCUGGAAGUAUCUAUGGACCGUCCCAAUCAUAUAUGCCUUCGCGGCUGCACUUGAGGCAGUCAUUUCCGGCAGCAUCGUCGGUGUUCUGGUGGGCGCCGUCUAUUUCAAUGGCCGAUUCCUUAUGUCAACAUGGAUUCCUUUUAUUUGGGGAUGGAUCAACGUCCUGGUCUUGAUUGUUUCAUCAUUCACCAUUCAAGGUGGUCUAUGAAUGAAGCAUCCAUCUGCUAUUGAGGCGUCACCGUCUCCGUACCCACAACACCGACUGGAGCUUGUGUCGGCGACGGCACGAUACUCCUUAUCUUUCUCGCUGGGUUGCCUGCUACCACGCUGUAUUCAGGAACGUCCUUGGUUACUACACUCCCAGCUCCAAUGACGGAACCUUUGCCAAUGGUCACACCAGGAAGCACGGUGGCAUUGCCUCC